CACCUGGAGCGUCCCCCUUGCAGCAUUCCUCCACACGCCCUCUCUCCUCCCCCUCGUCUUUCUCCAGUCUCCGCCGCCGUUCCCAGCUUCUUGGACUGCCAUGGACUUUGAUGGGAAAGUGUGGCCUUUGGCGGGCGGGUUUGGUCGCUAUACCCGGCUGGUGGCCGCCGCUUCUUGGUUGCCCAAUAUAUUUGUGUCUAUGGGCUUCUUCACAGACGUCCUAUACACCGGCGUCCCCGACUACCAGUGUGGGGGGGUGACUGGGAGCCCCUGCAGUGGAGACAACAGCAGUCACCCAGGGACCGCACUCGGCAAUAGCAGCAGUUGCCCCGGGGGAUGGGGACUGCAGGCUCAGAGCUGGCUGGAAAAUACCCUCAUCACCCAGUGGGAUCUAGUCUGUGAGAACGGAUGGAAGGUGCCACUGGAGCAGAUCUGUUAUCUGAUUGGCUGGUUGUGGGGAUAUAUCAUAUUUGGAUGUAUAUGUGACAGGUUUGGACGUCGUAAUGCUUUUAUUAGUGCCCUGGUGGUGACCCUGCCCCUUGGGGUGGCUUUAUGCUUCUCUCCAGGGUAUCUUAGCUUCCUAGCCAUCAGAAUAGUCUAUGGUGCGUCUCUGGCUGGAAUAUUCUUGUCUUUCUACAUAGCAAGGUUAGAGCUUUGUCCCCCUGGUCUCCGGCUCAUGAUAACUAUGAUUGGAGGGUUUUUCUGGUUAGGAGGUGAGCUGCUGCUUCCAGGAAUGGCAGUGCUGUGUUCUGACUGGAAGGUCUUACAAGGGUCAAUAACUGGAGUGUUAUUGUUACUAUCAGGUUAUUGGUGCUGCCAGUUACUCUUCCCUGAAUCCCCCCGCUGGCUUUUGGCAACACAGCAGUUAAAUCGGUGCAAGGCAGAGCUCGGCCUCUUCUCCAGAGCGAAUGGAAUAGACACAGGAGAUGAUUUUGCUGGCCGAGAGAGUCUGUUUACAGAAAUAGACUCAUUGUGGGAGCGUUUUCCUCGUCCUCAAUAUUACAGCUUCUGCAGCAUAUUCAGGACUCGUCUUAUUUGGCGAAACGCGUUGAUUCUUGGAUUCACUGCGUUCAUUGGCUCUGGCAUCAGACCAUGCUUUGCUCGGAAUCUCAUGCCUCUAGGUGGCUCUGUUCCUUAUUUUCUACAGGCUGGUAGUGAAGGCCUUGCUUGUAUUUUCCUCUGCAUCACUGUGAACCACUGGGGUCGUCGUACAGUUCUUCUCCUUUGCACUAUCAUGACCGGGUUCUGUUCUCUACUGCUCCUGGCUCUAACACAAUACCUCUUUACUGCAGUAACCAUAGCCAUAUCGGUGCUGGGGUCCCUCUCUUCUCAUGCUGUUGUAAUGCUGAGUGUCUUUUACGCCAGUGAGGUGUUGCCAACAGUAAUCCGGGGCUCUGUCCUGGGCAUUAUUCUGGGACUUAGUAUGUUCGGUCGUGCUUCUCUUCCUAUGAUUGUUCUUCAGCAGAGAUCCGGGUUCUUCCUGCACCACGUUGUUUUUUCAUCCUUCUGUAUCCUGGCAGUCCUCAGUCUUCUGCUUCUGCCAGAAACCAAAAGGAAGGGUCUCCCAGACACUCUGAGGCAAGCAGACAGCCUGCGUCGUCCACCACUCCUCUUACAAGCUACUCAGGAUGCAGUGCCCCUGCUUUCCCACAACAAGCCUCGUGUUGACUACAACCCAGAUAGCUAUGCCCGUCUAGCAAGCUCCACAAAGAAAAUGAUUAGAACGAACUCUACAAAUGGACAAGAUAAUAAAGCUCUGACCAACGAUUUAAAUGGACUGCAGCAAGCAGAACAUAAUUUGUUCCCCAAACAUCGGGAACCGGUUUUUCUCAUGUCUGAUUAGGGA